ACUGCGGAUUUGACUAGCUGUUUAUAUAAACAUGUUUGGUAACCUUAAAGCUUUUAUAAAAGCUGUUCACCAUUUGAUUGUGUAAAAAAACAUUUAUGGACAUUAGUAUACUAGUAUAUAAUACUUUAUAUGUCAUAUUACUACCCAUCAUAAUUAAUAAUUAUUCUAUCCUAAUAUACACUAGGGGAAAAAAAAUAGGUAACAAAACAGGUGGGCAAAUCGAAAGAAUCCAGUAUGAAACCCACCUCUGAUUAAAAGAAAGCCCAUUAGAUAAUUAUAAAUGACUAAAUAAAAAAAAUAAAAGAAUCUCUAACUCCCAAAACCCAGCAACCCAGCUCUCCAUUCGACUUCAAACCAUAAAAAAAUUCCUAACAUCUUAAUCUCCUCAAUUAAUUACUCCAUAUCCUUUCAAAAAAAAGAAAAUUUUAACUACUCUAUAUCAAUCAAACAUCAAUAAUUCAAUUCAACCAUCUUGAUAGAAGUCAACAACAACAUAAUCUUGAGGUAGAACGGUAGAAGAAGCAAUUUGAUACUACAUGCAAUUUGUUUCCAGUCGAGGUUCCAUUUGUGCUCCUCCUUCUAUCCAAUUUCGCGGCGAAAGUAUUCUGGGCAAAAAAUUCACACCUCCAUUUUCAAGACGAGCUAGGAUUGUUCGUUAAUUUGGUGAAUUCGUGAUAAGAAAUUGCGCUGGAGGAAGAAUUAUUUGUCAUCAAGAGGAAAAUGGGUAAACGUAAUGCUCCACUUCCAAAGGAGAAAAAAACAGAGGAAGACGUUGUUAAGGGAAAGGGCGUGUCUACAAGGGCAGGAGCACGAACGAGAACAACUGCAUGUGGACUAAAGGCAGUGGAAGGUUCUUCCAGUGUAAAGAAGAGAAAAGUCUAUGAUGCGGAGACUAGUGGAGAGGAGGAGCCACGUACAGAGAGCAACGAUGACGAGGACGUCGUUAGUAUUCAUAACUUAACCACUACUAUUAGACCGAAGUUGAGUGUAGGUGCUCAGGUGAAGAAAUCGGAGACUGUUGUGUCCACCAGGCUGAGGAAAGGCAUGCAUGAGAAUGAUAGGAUUGAGGUGUUUUCAAAGUUGGUGUCACUGUUGGAUGACAGUCGAAGGGAUUUAGUUAGAAAAAUGGGGUUUGGAGCCCUCCUCACCGUGAAACUGCGCAACCUGUCCCCGGAAUUUGCCUACUGGUUAGUGACCAGGGUAGAUGGUGCUAAUGGGGUGUUUUAUGGUGGGGGCGAUAUGGAAUUCAGCCUGGAUCCCAUCCAAUUUAACUGUGUUUUGGGGCUGCCUAUGGGUACUCAGCCUGUACCAUCUCUUAAUGGAAACCUAGACACACGCCAUAGGAAUAUAGCAGACCAUAUUGUUCAGAUGUAUGGGGAUAGUGGUGGAGUUUCUGUUCAGAAAGCUUGGGAAUUUGCAGUUGGGAUGAGGGACGGACAGGGUAAGGCGGUGGCUACUAUUGUCCCAAUUGUAACAAGAGAGGAGGAAUUUGAAUUUAGAAUAGCCUUUAUGAUUGUUAUACUGGAGCUGGUGUUGUGCCCAAGCACAGACGGGUUUACCUUGGCGGGAAGGUUGUUACCUGCCGCAUCGGUAGCACCGGAGUCAAAUUCAUAUGAUUGGUGCACGUUCUGUUUAGAGUGGCUAAAGAUAUGGUGCAAAAUGUUUGCACAUCAGUUUGAUCAACAUGGAGUUGUUUCUGGAUUGGGGGGCUGCAGCCUAUUUUUGACGGUGUUCUACCUGGACCACCUGAAUGUUGUUCCUAGGCAAUGGUGUGUUAUGCCGAGGGUGGCUGUGUGGUCCCAAUCUGAUGUGGAUGCCCUAAUAGAGGCAGACAAGAAAGCUGGAGGUGACUAUGGAAGAACUCAGUCUGUUGAUGUUGCUUACGGCGAGAGACACCAUCCUCGAUUGCCAAGAGAUAUGCGGGGUUCCUACAUUGCAAAAGAGGUUCUGAAUGUUUUAACAAGCCGAUUUGAGAGAAUCGAGGAACAAAUGCACAACCAAGGAGAGGUUUUAAGAAGUAUGAAACUUGAUUUGUCAAGAAUAGUAGGGGUGAGGGAACAAGAUAGUGGGUUGAAGGACACUCAAAGUGGAGGUACAAGUGGUGGUAGUGUGGGUGGUGUGGCUGUUUGCCCUCUCUCGGAGGUACGCAGACAAUGAGGCCGACCACAAUUCCUACGGCCACUGCACAUCAGUUUGGAGUUCCGUCGCCGGUGGGUUUUGCACCGGCCUUUGGUUCAGCUCGGGGUUUUGGCACCCGAGGCUUUGGGUUCCCUCCUCCUUCCACUUCAGUCUCUCCAGUUUUGGUGAGUGAUCCUAUAACCCCUGGUCCUUCUUCUGCGGUUACCUCAGAUGUUCUUGGAUUUAUGGCUCCCUCUUCCUCUGAUUGUUCUGUCCCUACGAAAUCUAUGACCACGCUACAGACUGAAGUACAAUCUCCUGCUCAGAAGCCGGUAAUCACCACUGAAAUUUUAAAGGGAGUUUCACCUCUUAGGAGCUCCCGGAAGAGUCGUACUGAUAUGGAGAAGGAAUUGGUUGCUUUCAUCAAGGAGUGCCAGGGAAAUAGCAAGGAUGAAGGACCAGAGUUGAUUGAGUUCGAUGGUUUAUGUCUAAGCAAAUAUUAGAUGUAUCGAAUGGUAGCAAUGGAUGAGUAUGCGGGGAUAGAAUACGUCAAAGUGGCUAGUAAGAUGUAUACUAGCAGGUGGAAGGCAGAAUUGGGUGCCGGUAGAGGACGAAGUGUAAUGCUUGAACCUGGUUUCGGGGUUAAGGUACAAACAAACGAACCCCCUCAGUCUCUUGUAGCCCCAUUCGGUGCCCCCUUUGAAAACCUCGUCAUUCGGGAAAUGUUUGUG